ACCAUACCCGGAUACGUCGCUCGCAUCGAAUCCUCCCUUAAUAACAAACCUCUCAAUCAAGUCAUCCCCCUCACUAUCCCCCCAACUGAAGGACUGUCAUCUAACUUUGACAACAGCUCUGACAUAACACCAGAAACUGGUGAGCUCCUCCAAGUACCACAUGAUAAAAUGCAACCACAAGUCAGAACCCUUUUAUCUCAUCUUCAACCCCACAUUAUCCUCUUUGAUUUUGCACACUACUGGAUUCCCUCAAUUGCUUAUGAAUUAGGAAUCAAGGAUGUUAAUUACAGUGUAUUCUCGGCCGUUGCAAAUUUAUAUCUAACUAUCCCAGCAAAAAUCAAUGAUCCAAACAAACAACCCACUGUUAAUGACUUAAAGGUCCCUCCUCCAGGGUUCCCAAAAACCUCAAUCACAUCAAUAAAAACCUUCCAAGCUCGAGACUUCCUAUACCUUUUCAAAAGCUUCAAUGGCUUACCUUCCGGUUUCAAUAAAAUAAUGAGCUUCAUAAAAUCAUGUGAUGCUAUAAUCUACAAAACCUGCACUGAAAUAGAAGGUCUGUACAUAGAUUACUUGAAAACCCAGAUAGGAAAACCAAUUCUUUUAGCAGGAUCAGCUGUUCCUCCACCACCUUCUGGUAAACUAGAAGAAAAAUGGGAAACAUGGUUGGGUAAAUUCCCUGAGCAAUCAGUUAUAUUUUGUAAUUUCGGAAGCAAAACAUAUUUGGAUAAUGAGCAGAUUCAGGAGCUUACACUUGGGUUGGAGCUCACUGGUCUGCCCUUUUUCCUGAUGUUGAUGAAGGGAUCGAAACAAACGAAAAAAAGGAAGAAGGUGACUAAAGAUACUGACGAGUAUACACUUGAUGAAGAGGGUGAACUGAACCACUCAAGUGAAGAGGAUAAAAAUGAGAUAAGGAAAAACGCUGUAAACUUGAGAUCUCGUUCAAAGAAGGUUGUGGCAUUGAGAGGGAAGAUAACCACAAACACUAAGGACACGACAUGUGUCUCUUCAGUAUCAAUUGCUAAUCAAAUUAAGAUGCAUCUGCAAGACACUAAGAGACAACAAUUAGAUCAAGGGUUACAAGGGAGAGAUUCAACGCAAAGAAAAAUCCAAUUGGGCAAGUCUACUACACAGAAAAAAUCAGCAGUCCAUAAUCAGCAAGGGAAAGAGGUUGAGAUUGGGAAUGGUGUCCAAACUAAGACAUGGCAGAGUAAGACAGUGGUUGCCCUUGGUUCACUCAGUGCUUAUAGGCAAAUGCAAACACAAUUACGUGAAAAAGAGAGGAGAGCAAAACAAAGUGAUUUAUUACUAUGA